GAGGCGGGGCGGGCUCCGCCGCCGCCCCUUCCGGCCCCUCCUGCUCUCUCCUCGGUGGGGCCUUCCCCCUCGCCUCCGCCAUGCACCCCGUUUUCCAGAGCAGCCGGCGCGACUUCACUUUCGGGCCGUGGAAGCUGAGCGCCGCCCAGACGCACAUCAUGAAGUCGGCGCAGGCCGAGAGACUGGCUGAUGAAUUACACAUGCCUUCCCUGCCAGAGAUGAUGUUUGGAGACAAUAUCCUAAGAAUACAGCAUGAUCGUGGUUUUGGAAUUGAGUUCAAUGCAACAGAUGCUUUAAAAUGUGUCAAUAAUUGUCAAGGUAUGAUCAAAGUGGCUUGUGCAGAGGAGUGGCAAGAGAGCAGGAGUGAGACUGAGCACACUAAGGAAGUUGUCAAGCCAUAUGAUUGGACUUACACAACAGACUACAAAGGAACGUUGCUGGGAGAUACUGCAACAUUAAAGGUUGUUCCUACAACAGAACACAUAAAUACAGAGAAAUUGAAAGCUAGGGAGCAAAUCAUGUUUUUUGAAGAAGUACUUCUGUUUGAAGACGAACUUCACGAUCAUGGAGUAUCAAGUUUGAGUGUAAAAAUAAGAGUUAUGCCUUCCAGCUUUUUUGUGCUGUUGAGGUUUUUCUUGCGAGUUGAUGGGGUACUUAUCAGGAUGAAUGAUACAAGGCUUCAUCAUGAGGCUGACAAGGCCUACAUGUUGCGAGAAUAUACCUCCAGAGAAAGCAAAAUAUCAAGUUUAAAGCAUGUUCCACCUUCCCUGUUCACGGAACCUAACGAGAUCUCUCAGUAUCUACCCGUAAAGGAGACAAUCUGUGAAAAACUAGAAUUCCCAGAGAAGCUGGAGCCUAAACCAGAAGCAUCACUGGAAACCAUGUGUGUUAAGUCUAAAUAA